UCUGCAGUGUGGAGAAUGAUUGUAAUUCCAGGAAAACACCAGGUCCCACCUGGAAGUUAGCAGCUCUGUCAAGGGUUCUUCAUGUAGCAAAGAAAUGUCAACAUAGGCCCAACCUGUUUCUCCAGGGUGGCUGAGCAGAGAUGCAGUCUGCUGACACACAACCCAAAGUCCUCAGCUCUUGGUCCCCCCGUUGAUCCUGGCACGGCAGUCAGUGAAGCCAUGGCCCACGAUAACCCACGUUUCCAGGCCGAGCCGUCACAGCCGGAUAACAAGGAGGAAGGGGCAAACUCUGAGGCCAGUUCCCUAGACUGUGUCAUCUGCUUCACCCGCUAUGACCGAAUCUUCAAAGUGCCCAAGAAGCUGAGUUGCAGCCACAUCUUCUGCCUGGAGUGCCUGGCACGGAUCAAUGUCUCCUCUGAGGAUGUGAACGCCAUCACCUGCCCAGUCUGCCGGGCUCCUACCACCCUGCCUUCCCGCAAGGGCCUGCCGGGCCUUCCCACACACAGAGACCUGCUGGAGCAGCUCUCAGCCACGCCAGCCCCCCCUGGCUCAGUGCGCUUUGACCGUCGGCGGGGCUUGCUGUACCUGCCGGGGGGCCGCAAGGGUGCCGCUAAAGUCAGGGCCAAGCCCGAGGCUUCCCUCAACACUGUCAGCCUGAGCAUCGAUGUCGGGAGGCCAGCCCCGCGAGGAGCAGGCCGGAUGCUCACACUCUCUGGCUGGCCCUUCUACGUGGCCCUGGCAAUUGCCCUGCUGGUUACCAUUGGCUUAAUUAUCUGCGGCAUCUACAUCUUUCUGUUACCGUCCAUGUAUACUGUUUCGUUGAUGGGGCCGCAACAAGCAAACCUCAGCCAAGGGCAGGCUUCUGGAGGAAACAACUUUUCCUGGGUGAACGUCCCUCCAACGGUCUAAAACCUGCCAUCUUUAGUAUGACUGUACUAACUGCAGUACCUGUUUGUAGAGCACGGACAGGGUGGGGGCAAUCAAAUCUACCUGGGCCUGGCUGAAUUAGCCAUAGCUGUGAAGGGCACUUGAACUGACGACUUGGAGGUGCUGCUUGAACUCCCACAGGAAGGUCUCAUCACAGACGUGGGGGUGUGGGGAGAGAUCAUGUAGCCUGGAUAACGUAAUAUGGAUUAGUCACCAGCUUAAUCACCUGAUUGAACUAGAGCAGUGAGGUGAGAGUCGUUUCCCAGCUUCUUGGUGCAGAUUCACAUGUGAGGGAGGGAGGGAUUCUAAAUCCACCGACUCGCGAGUGUAGGGGCAAGAGUUCCUAGAGCGUAAUGAAUAUGACCAAGGAUGGGAAUUCAGGUGCGGAGUCGUAUUGCAUGCUUUUGACUCCCAGAUUAGUAUGAGACUAAUUGGCACUCUUGGCGUUCAAAAGCAGUGUGCCAG